AUGGUGGUGAAGAGGAAGUUAAAUUGUGGCUCUAAUGGUUUUGAUUUCCCCAAUAUUCCCAAGGCUCCUCGUUCAAGCAGGAGGAAGGUAUCAAGUAAGAUAGCUGAUGACGAUGGUGAUGACAGUCAGAUCUGUGCAAUUGAUUUGCUCGCUUCUCUGGCUGGGAAGUUGCUUGAAGAAAGCGAAAGUUCCUCGUCUACCAAUGCAUUUGAAGGGGAUAAUCACCAUCAUUUGGGUGGAGUGAUUAAGAAAGAACAUGAAGAUGACUACAAUAAGACUAUUAAAUCCGAGUUUUCUGAUCUAGGAAACCCUGCGUCAAAGUCGACUAGUGAGAAUACUAGCGAGACGUGUUUGCAGUUUUCGUCUUUGGAAAAUGAUUCCAUUCUGGAGAAAACACCGAUUUCUGAUUGUGGCAAGGCUCGUGGUCUUAAGCCCUUAGUAGGGUGUGAAAAUAAGAAAGGGAAUUCUGAUUUGCUUGUUGAAUCAGUGGUUACCACUGAGGAGACGGGUGUUGUUAAUGUGGAUGCCGGGUUUGUAAAAGGAGAAGCCACCAAUGGCUUGGACGAUGGUGGUUUAGUCGCUGAUACUUUCAGCUUAAAGGAUCCAAGUCAAGUACAGCUGCAGAGUCCGGAAUCAGUCUACCUGGAUGGCGAUGUAAAAUUGCCAUCAGGCGCAUAUCGCGUCCCUAAUGGUUCUUUUGAAGGAUAUGGGAAUAAGUCUAAGUUAGUUCGUAGAGAUGAUGACGAAAACUAUUGUAAGUACUACAAAUUUAAUGACAAAUGUAAGUCAUAUAGGCCUUUGGCACGGGUUGGAAAUCGAAGAAUGAAGAAGUCAAUGGCAAAAUACGGGAGAGCAGUCCCCAGGUCAAAGUGUUUUGAAGAUACUAGAACAGAUGCUUUGAAGGCUCUGUAUCGCAAGAGAAAACUAUAUUAUGGCUACAAUUCAUGGAAGCAUGAAUCUGUUCAUAAGAAGAGAAGAUUGUCUGACAAAGGUUUGGUCGUAAAUUCUGAUGGAGGACUCAGUAGUGAAAGUGUUUCCAAUUCACCUGAGAAGGGAGAAUCAGAAAAUGUCGUUUUCUCUGCAGCAGUAGGUCUUCGUUCAAAGGACUCCCGUGUAAAGUUCAGCAUCAAGUCCUUUAGGAUUCCGGAGCUUUUUAUUGAAGUUCCAGAAACAGCAACAGUAGGCUCACUGAAGAGGACGGUGAGGGAGGCUGUUACUGCUUUACUCGGUGGUGGAAUACGUAUUGGGGUGUUAGUCCAAGGGAAGAAGGUUAGAGAUGACAAUAACACUCUAUCGCAAACUGGUCUUUCGUGUAGAGAAAAUCUAGGCAACCUUGGCUUCACCUUGGAGCCUGGUACCGAGAAAUUGCCUGUACCUCUUUGCUCUGAAAAUCCUGCCGUUGCUGUGCCAACUGAUUCUACAAAUUUGUCAGAAAGGUCCGCAGCUUCUCCCGUUUUAGAUUCUAUAAUUCCUUGCCCUCUCCAAGAUGCAGAUCACCUGAUUAACUCGGGAAAUAGUGUGGAGAAUAACCAUGAAUUAGUCCCAUAUCAGAGUGAGAUAUCAACUGAUGAACAACCUUCAUCAGACUCAAGAGCGCUGGUUCCAGUUUCGGCCUUGGAACCUGAGGCUCUUGCAAUUGUUCCAAUUAGCGAGAAACCUAAGCGUACAGAGCUUUCACAGCGUAGAACCAGGAGACCAUUCUCUGUUACAGAGGUAGAAGCUCUAGUACAAGCAGUUGAAGAAAUUGGGACUGGAAGAUGGCGUGAUGUGAAAUUGCGUUCUUUCGAGAAUGCAAGCCAUCGAACCUACGUGGACUUGAAGGACAAAUGGAAAACGUUGGUUCACACAGCAAGUAUUUCACCGCAGCAACGAAGAGGUGAACCAGUGCCUCAAGAUCUGCUAGACAGAGUGUUGGGAGCACAUAGGUACUGGUCACAGAACCAAAUGAAACAGAACGUUAAGCCUCAGGCGGCUGCAACAGUGGUGGUUAAAUCAGGUUCGUCCAUGUAA